AAAUAAGGAACGGACAGUGAAGCAAUGGUUUGUUUUCUCGGAGUUUCUAUGGUUUAGCAACAAUAACAAAAAAAAAUCUUUAUUUUUUUCAGCUUUGUUUAAUAAAUCAAAGAUUCAAUUCUUUUUUUUGACCCGAAUCUUGAGACCCGGACUCGAUCUGGACCCUAAAACCUCGCGGGAGAAGGUGUCCUGCCGCACAGCAUGCUGGGUAAUAUGUCAACGACAGAGCAACGUUGAUUGGCGCGUGGAGGCUGAAAGUAAAACCAUAAUAAAGAGGUGUUAAAGUGGAGCAGAGCAUCUACUGAGGAAACAGGAGCUGUGUCAGCAUGUCUGCCUCUCUGUCAGCGGAGAGAGACAGACUCCAGCAGCAGGUGGAGGAGCUGGAACAGAGUUUGUCUGUGACACAUGCCGAACUGGAUCUCCUGAGCAGUGAGUCAGGCGAGGAAUCAGAGGGCAAUGACUCAGAGGAGGAGGGGGAGCAGUCUGCAGCUGGUCUGCUGGCUCAGAGAAACAAGAUCCAGGAGGAAAUCCAGAACCUGGAGAACUUCCUGGGUGGACAAAGUCCCAUUCUUGUGUCAGAUGAUGAUGACGGCAGCAGCAGUGAGGAGAGUGAGGUGGGUCUGCCUCCGACCGCCGACUCCUGCCUUCAGUUGAACCUCGUCUACCAGCAGGUCCUUCAGGAGACUCUGGACCAGCUGGAGACGCUGCUGGCUCAAAACCAAAGACAGCAGAGAGACGUGGUGACUCAGCUGGCUGGGUCAACCAAAGAGGCUCCCAAGGAACAAAGCUCCUCCUCCUCCUGCGACCACCAUCGCAUGUUCCUGGGCAGCUUCUUCAAACCGUACUUCAAGGACAAGCUGACAGGGCUGGGUCCUCCAGCCAACCAGGAGACGAAGGAGAAGGCCAGCAGGUUGACCGGCUGUCUGGAGGGGAAGAACCUGAAACUGAAACGAUGGGAGAGCUGGCAGAAGACUCUGUUGAUCCACUCUGUCGCCAGAGACAGUCUGAGGAGACUCAUCCAACCCAAACUAUCCAAGAUGGACUACCUGAGUCAGAAGAUGUCGUCAGCAGUAGAAGCAGACAGGCAGCCUCUCAGACAGCAGAUAGACAACGUAGAGAGAGAAAUAGACAUGCUCAGGAAGAAGAAGGAGGACGAGCUGAUCGGGGAACGCUUCGAUGAACACGACUGGCAGAAAAUCUCUAAUGUUGAUUUUGAAGGAACGAGGGACGCGGAGGACAUUGAGAGGUUCUGGCAGAACUUCCUCCACCCGUCCAUCAACAAGAGUCGCUGGACUCAGGAGGAGGUGCAGCUGCUGAAGGAGGUCAGCGAGACGCACGGCGAGCGGGACUGGGAGACCAUCGCUUCAGAUCUGGAAUCGGGGAGGACAGCCUUCCUGUGUCUUCAGACCUUCCAGCGUUUCGUGUCGGGCUCGUUGAGACACAGCAGUUGGACCCCCGCCGAAGACUUUCUCCUCAAAGAGCUGGUGGAGAAGAUGAGGAUCGGAAACUUCAUCCCGUACACUCAGAUGAGUUACUUCAUCGAAGGCCGUGACACCGCUCAGCUGAUCUACAGGUGGACGCAGGUGUUGGAUCCGAGCCUGAGGAAAGGACCGUGGACCAAAGAGGAGGAUGAGAUGCUGCUGAAAGCUGUGUCCUAUUAUGGAGAGAAGGAGUGGUGGAAGAUCAGGUUGGAGGUUCCUGGACGUACUGACGGCGCCUGCAGAGACAGGUAUCUGGACUGUCUGAAGACGGACAUCAAGAGAGGACCUUUUGAAAUACUGGAGCAAAGGCUGCUGCUGCAACUGGUGGAAAAACAUGGAGUCGGUCAUUGGGCGAAGAUCGCUGCUGAGAUUCCUCACCGUUUCGACGCUCAGUGUAUGAGAGAGUGGAGGAGACUGAGCUCAAGCUUUCGCAGCAAGAGAAGCAGAGGUAAAAAAUCACCUGGAGGGAAGGAAGGAACAAAGAAGAGAAUCAGGAAAAAACGGAAGGUUGUGAAGAAGGUGAAAUCUGAAGAUGAAGAAGAGGAAGAAGAAGAAGACGAGGACAAGGUGGUGUACAUGGAGAGUGAUGGAGAGGCGAAAACUGUGGAAGAGGUGAGGAGUGAAGAGGUAGUGAAGGAAGAGGAGUACAUCGUUCCCCCCAUGGGAGAGUGGAUUCCAGCUGAACGAGUGAGUCCAGGCUUCAUGGUCUUUCAGCCCGUCGAGUUCCCUCCUACUGGAGACACAAACAAUGUGAAAGCCCGGUCAACCAUCAUCGGCCUGUUUGGGCGCUCUGUGAUUAUCGGACCACGUCCCAAAGGGCAGUCGAGUAACAACCGCCACAGCAACCGCACCAUGAUGAUGGUGUCAGCGGACCAGCUCCGGAUUUACUUGGCCCACCAGGCAGAGAAGUUCAACCAUCUGAAAUUGGGCCCUCCAAGGAAGACUGAGGUCGACAAAAAGAACAACAUCAACCGAGUGACGGAACUAGGGCUGGGAUACCAGCUGCAGGCCGCAGUGAUCCCCUGGAUCGGUAACGCACUGAUCCCUUCAGAUACCAGAGUGAGAAUGGCUGACGUCCUGAGGGAGCAAGGAGAAAAGAGGCAGCUCACUUCAACAUCUGUAUUCCUGCUCUUCCUCCAGACCAUGAACGUGGACACUGUGGGGUGUAAGGAGGUGAUCGAGCAGAGGAGGAUCUGUGUGAUGCAAUCGGUGCCAGCUCCAGAAAAUUCCGCUCUCAAGCCGAAGUUGAAGUCGAAAGUGGGAUCUUUUCAGCAGAGGAAGAUCAUAAAGGAACUUCGGGAGUUGGAUCUGCAGCACAAACUCAUCUUGGAGCAGCUGUACGCGCUGCAGCAACAGAAACAGCAACAACCGAUGCAGCAACAGGUCGUUGUUCUGCAGCAAGCUACUUCGCCAAAUACACCUGGCAUUCUUUUUAAGAUGCCUCCUAACAUGCAUCCUCAGAUGUCGUUCCCUCAGGGGGUCUACAUUUCACAAUCUGUCCCGACCCAACCGACUGUGUUUUCAUGCACAUCUCCCCCUGCUCUUCAGAGGAUGAACAAUACCCCCCUUACUGUGGUAACAAUACCCUCCAACGCCUCCCUCGGUCAACAAGCUAGACCCCUGCCCCCUUCCCUGAAUGCAAAAGCCUCAUCAAGCCCAUCAAGUUCCAAGCGGACUCCAGCCAAGGGGAGGAGGUCGAAGAAAGAAAAGGUUGAAGAGGCGGUUGUCAGCAGUCCAAAUGUGAUGGAUAUCAAAAAGGAAGGGGGUGGUUUGGGUGGUGCAAGUACAGGUGUGGACACAGAAGAUGACAGCAAGACCACCAUCAGCGGGAGGCUUCGGAAGCCCAGCCAGAAGGCAAAAGCUCUUCAGGGAGCCACUCUAGAAAAGGCUGAACUCAAGAAAAAAGCUGCUCCUUCUCGAAGACGGAAACCUAAAACCAAGGACACAAGCAGUCCUCCUGAGGGGGUCGGCACUGUCCCAGUCCAGCUUGUUCUUCAGACUUCUCCAUCCUCACUGACCGACCCCAACACAGCUCAAAGAACCGAGAGUCUAAAGGUCUUUCCAGUCCCUGUGGACCAAGCGUGUUCUAACGGGAGCGUGUCCUCCACUCAGAAUGUCCAUGUAGCCUCACUCCUUCCCAUACCAACCAAUCAGCACACUGCUUCAUCCGCUGCCCUUCCCCCGAGUGAUCACACCUACAUCUCAUUACAUCCUCCUCCAAACUCUGGUAAACAAAGCGUCAAGUCAAAGAGCCCAAGCCGCUCCAAAAAAUCAGGCCCCGCCCCCAAAAAGACUCCCAAAGCCGCCCCGUCCAAAAAAAGGAAAGGGGCGAGCAAGGACGACGAGCAGAAUGUGACGAGCAGUCAGGAUGAGCAGAGUGCGAGCAGGACAGGUGAUGCUGAGGGCGUGAAGAGUGAUGCCGCGACAGGAGAGGUUAGGGCUGUGAAAGUCGAAGGCGAGACGGGUACAGGCGUGCAGCAGGAAGGAAAGAGGGUUCGGAAGCCGAGUCAGAAGGCCAAAGCUUUUCAGGAAUCCAAUCAGGCCGAGGAUGAAUCCACGAAGAAGAGGACUCCCUCUUCUACUCCUCCUAAAAAGCGCCCUCGUCAGUCUCGCCGUAAACAGGACAAAGUCGUACCAAAGCAGCAAGUAGCUCCUGUCCCAGGGUUGUGUUUAUCACCCAGUCAGCCUGUGUGGGUCAUGACUCCUGGUGGCCCGGUCCAGCUGGCAGAAACCCCUCCACAGGGCCUGCGACUGGCAAUCGCACCAGGAACCCCAUCCCCAGCUUCACGAAGGAGGACUACAAAAUCCAAGCAGGCAGCUCCACCUCUACGCUCGCUCGCGCCUCGUCCCCCCAGUAUGUCUAAUCCUGUAACCCUCCUUCCUCUGCCCCCAAGCCCCGCAAGGCCCCUCCCUCCAACCUUCAUCCUGCAACCUGUCUCAAAUCCUGCCUUCUCCCAGCCUUCCCCCUGUCCCACCCAGCCUCCCUCCAUACCCGUCAGCCCUGCAGAGAAAGCAGCACCACCUUCCCUCAGAAAGGAAACCCUGCAGUUUGAUCCCUCCCUGAUGUUCCUGGAGUCCCGGGUAGAGGUGCAGGUUUGGCUCAGCGGUCAGGGAGGAGUCGUCGUACCUGGAGCAGGAGCGACUCUCCCCUACCUUCCCCCCUUCGUCAGCAAUUUGAGCACGCUCAGUGAGUUACUCCGCGCCAAGAAGUCUCUGACCAAACUGUCGCUGCAGCUUUUGAGUCAAGCGUCUGAAUCCCAACCUGAACCCCCCAAGACCUCGUCCAAACCUGACGGCAUCACCAAGGAGACAUCAGGUCAGCCUUCAGAGCUGCCAGACUCCACCUCAGACCUUGAACCAACUGCAGACAAACCAGCUGCUCCACCUCUCAGCUCUGAACCAAAGGAGAAAGAGGAGAAGGAGGAGAACGAGGAGGAGCAUGUUGCAGCGCUGCGUCAUCUGGUGGCCGAGCGGUUUGCAGACAACUCUGCGUAUCAGCUGCUGAAGGCUCGCUUCCUGUCCUGCUUCACCGUCCCCGCCCUCCUGGCCUCCUUGCAGCCAAUCACAGUGAAGAAGGUGGCUACCCUAUCUGAGGAGGAGGAGGAGGAGGAGGAGAUGGAGGGAGAGGAGAAGAAGACAGAAGAGGAGGAGGAGAAAAUAGGGAAAAUCAAAGAGAGUGGAAGAGGGAGGAGACAUAAGACGUCUCUGCUCGAGUGUGGCGGGGCAGGAGCUCCAGCCAAUCACUUUUCAGGAAUGGACACACGGGCCUCAAAACAGACUGGACAAGAGCAAGCUGAAACUGUCCAAUGAAAGCCUCACAUCUCAACAUCGAGUUCCUCGUUAAACAACCUGGUUCAAGAAAAAUCAGAGACACUGGAAAAGUCACUUUAUGAUCCUCGAGAUGUGAUAGUUUGCUCUUCCUAAAGUUGAGUUUGAGAUCUCAGUGUCAGUUGAUGCGUUCAAAGACCCUCUGAAUUUGCACUUUCAAGAGUUAGCUCACUGCUCAGAUGUUCUGAGCAGCUUUUUCUCAAAGUGAGAAUCUUAAAUACACUCCUUCUAGAGAGUGAAAUCAACAGGAGUAAAUGUCAGUGUGCAGACUGGGUUUCACUGACAUUUAAAGUUGAAACUGUUUUAUUUCUAAAGAAAGGAAAUAAAUAAAUCAAGGUUCUUAGAAAAGAAGAAGGUGGAGCAGAUGAGUUCAGAGUUCUGUGGUGUGCUCAUGUACCAGGGGGUCAGGGUUUAAGAUGUGAAUUUGCACUAAUUUAUAUUUGUUUUUUUCCUCAGUUCAUCUUCUGUAAAGAAAAUUUAAGUUGUUUAUUUUGUAAUAAAGAGAAAGUGUUUGUAGAAUGAA